AUGGAGUCUCUUGUGAUUCUUGAACUUUCUGGAUGCAUAAGCGUAAAAAAAAAAAAUUCUAGAAUUUGUGGGGAACAUGAAUACUUACAGCAUCUUUCUCUAAAUUGCACUGCUAUUACAAAGCUACCUUUAUCAGUUGAACGCUUGGUUGGCCUUAUUUCAUUGACUCUAAAAGCUUGCAAAAAUCUUGAGCAUCUUCCUAGGACCAUUUGUAGUUUGAAGUUGCUUACAGAACUUGAUCUUUCUGGAUGCUCAAAAUUUGACCACUUGCCAGAGGACUUAGGGAAUGCCAAAAGUCUAAAGGUGCUUAAUUUGAAUGGAACAGUUAUAAAAGAAUUGCCUUCAUCAAUUGAAUGUUUGAUUGGCCUUAUUUCUUUGAGGGUAAGAGAUUGCAAGAAUCUUAUGUGUCUUCCUAACUCCAUUUGUAGUUUGAAGUUGCUUGAAUGUCUUGAUCUUUUUGGAUGCUCAAAAGUUGAGAACUUGCCAAAGAACUUGGGGAAUGUUGAAGGUUUGAAGUUGCUUGAAUGUCUUGAUCUUUUUGGAUGCUCAAAAGUUGAGAACUUGCCAAAGAACCUGGGGAAUGUCGAAGGUUUGAAGGUGCUUAAUUUGAUUGGAACAGCUAUAAAAGAGGUGCCUUCCUCCAUUGCUCUCCUAAAAAAUCUAAAAAAACUACAUAUCCAUGGAUUUAAUGGGACAUCAACUUCAUUUUAUUCCAUGCUAACAAUUCAUGAUCCUGUUAAUGUCAGUGGGUUAUCAGCUUCAUUAAUAUGUUUGUGUUUUCAGAACUACAAUCUUUGGACAAUCCUGAGUGAUUUUGGCUCCUGGUUUUCCUCUUUGGAAACAUUAGAUUUAAGGGGAAAUAAUUUAGUUUCCCUUCCUUAUAGCAUUGGUGGGUUAUUCUCUUUGCAAGACUUGGAUCUAAGUGGAAAUAAUUUUGAUUCCCUUCCUAACAACAUCAGUGGACUCCAUCAUCUAAAAAUUCUCGGGUUGAAUGGUUGCAAGAGGCUUCAAUCAUUCUUAGGACUUCUGUUCUCUGGUUUUGUACAUUCUAGCUUUUGUAACUCAUUUGAGAUUUUCAAUUGGUUCGAACUGGUGUACUAUAUUCAAAGUGGCACUGUUUUUCUUGCUCUUGGAAGUGAAAUUCCGAAAUGGUUUAACAAUCAAAGAAUAGGUCAUAAAGUGAACAUACAAGUGCCUUCAUGUUAUGGGAGGGAUGAACGGAUGGGAAUUGCUUUGUGCAUUGUUUUGGUACCCAACAGUGCUCUAUACGCUGGAGAUUUUGUGAUUACAUGUUCAUUUGAAGUUAAUGGAUAUCAAAUGAAAUGUACACAUUUAUGUUGGGAAAAUUGUGGUAAAAUUGAAUCGCAUCAACUUGGUCUGCAAUAUUUGUCCCAUUACAGGUUGUCCAAUGGCUUUGAUUCCGAUUGGAAAGAAGUAUGGAGUCAAAGUGAUGCAAACGGAAUCUGUCAAAUUGGGAUUGAAAUAUCUUCCCCGAACUUCGAGGUGAAGAAAAUUGGGGUUCGUUUGGUAUUCGAGCAAGUAGUUGAUGAUCCCGAUCAACCGUGGAUAGACAACAAUGAAUCUAGUGAAAGUGACAUGGAUGGCUACAAUGACAACUGUGGAGAGACAACAGCGAAUCUAGUGAAAGUGACAUGGGUGACUACUAUUGUGGGAAACCACAACUAA